CUUCGAACUCAGUUUGCUUACAUUUCUUCGCAAAAUUACAAAUGGAAUGAGAGCAGAGGUAAACGAGACAGGUACAUCUUUGUAUUAUGUACCUGGAAAUUUAGAAGGAGGUGAAUUUGAGCACGAGUGUAGCUUACAACGAAGUAUUACUUAUUAUCUGGAAGUAGCAAUGGCACUAGCUCCAUUUUGCAAAUCAGCAUUAAAUAUAAAGUUUAAAGGAAUCACGAAUAAUACAAUAGAUCCAACAAUAGACAGGGUAAAGGCUUCAGGAAUUCCAGUUUUAAAAAGAUUUCUUGGAGAGGGUUAUGAAGUUGAAGUGACUAUUAAAAAGAGGGGAGUAGCUCCCUUGGGAGGUGGAGAAGUUCAUUUUAAAUGCGACGUCAUUCGCAGCCUCAAAACUUUGCAGCUUCAAGACAGCGGACUGGUGAAGCGAAUCAGAGGUGUAGCCUGCAGCUUAAGAGUCUCUCCAGCUAUUUCAAAUCGACUAGUCGAAGCUGCCAAAGGAGUAUGCCUGAAUUUCAUCCCAGAUGUUUACAUUCACACCGAUGCAAGUAGAGGGGCUUCAAGUGGAAAAUCUCCAGGGUUUGGAAUAUGCCUAACGGCCGAAACGACGACCGGAGUUUUCUAUAGUGGAGAAGCUGUUUCGCCCGUAGUUCCUCCUGGAGGCUUACCUUGUGUACCUGAGGAACUUGGAAGGGAAGCUGCCAUGAAAUUGCUUGAUGAAAUAAAUCGUAAUGGUUGUGUCGAUUCUCCAUUUCAAAGUAUGGCUGCCAUUUUCAUGGCACUAGGAAAGCAAGAUAUUUCGAAAAUCUCAAUGGGCCCGUUAACUCCUGCUACGAUUCAAUUUUUACGAGAUCUAAAGGACUUUUUUGGGGUCAAGUUCCAAUUGGAAUCCGUGAAAGAACAGGAAGAUGAUGAUAUAACUAUACAAAAUCAAGUGAAUUUAACCUGUUUCGGAAUUGGAUUCUCUAAUUAUAAUCGGCCUGUUCGAUAGUCUGCUUAUCAAUAAGAGAAGAUACUCAUAUGUAAAUACUUUUUAUGACCAUUAAAAUUUUGUAUUUGAUGGAAAA